AUACCAACCGGAUGUUGGCGAAUCACUGUUUAGACAGUAAUCGGCUAGUAUGGCAAGCAAUCUGAAGAUCUAUAAUUGAAUUUCGAGUCAAGCAAGAUCUAGUCAAACCAUAGUUAGAAUAGAAACAAUGACUCUACCGAUGGUGUAUUUAACCCGAAAAGAAUGUUUCAGUGCUUGUCACCGUUUACAUAGCCCAUUCCUGAGUGAGGAACUGAAUCGCCAAGUCUACGGAAAAUGUAACAAUCCUAACGGACAUGGUCACAACUAUACAGUCGAGGUUACUGUACGAGGACCAGUGGACACGAAAACUGGAAUGGUCAUGAAUAUCACGGAUUUAAAGCAAUACAUGGACCAAACAAUCAUGAAAAAAUUGGAUCACCUUAAUCUAGACAAAGAUGUGCCGUAUUUUAAAAAUCUGCCAAGCACCACCGAAAAUGUAUCAAUCUUCAUCUGGGACAGUCUAAAGUUGGUUAUGCCGAAGCCGGAACUGCUGUACGAAGUGAAGAUCUAUGAAACAGAUAAAAAUUCAGUCAUUUAUCGGGGACAAAAAUUUGACGGGGCCAACAGUUACCAUCAUCACCAGAACGAACUUAACAACACAAGCGAUAAUGUGUGCACUUCGAAUCUAUCGUCCGACUCGGACAGCUGAGCAACUGUGAUGACCAUGGGCAUACUUUUGACAUUUCAGCAAUUUCAAUGUGCACGGUGAAACUGCUGGAACGAGAUGACCGGUAUUACUUCGAAAUGUUUUUUUUUUAAGUGCUUUGGAGAAUUGUAUAAUAAAGCUAUCUCACAUAUAA